CAUAUGGCAGCUAGCUAGGGAUUUGUUUUUAGCAAAACAUCAAGAAGUAGGGGACUGAACGGUUCUAAAAUGGAUGGAGACAGCCAUAACCGGACGGAAACGCAGAGAACCAGCGCCGUCGAACCAUCCACGGCUUUGGCAUACCUCGAUCCUCAUUACUGGGAUGAGAGGUUCGCUCAAGAGGAUCACUACGAAUGGUUUAAAAACUACUCUCAUUUUCGUCAUCUCAUUCAACAACACGUUAAACCCAAUUCCUCCGUGUUGGAGCUGGGAUGUGGAAACUCUCAGUUGUGUGAACAACUGUACAGCGAUGGAAUUACUGAAAUGACAUGCAUUGAUUUGUCUGCGGUCGCAGUGGAGAAGAUGCAGAAACGGUUACUAUCCAAGGGAUACAAUGAAAUUAAAGUGCUGGAAGCUGAUAUGCUAGACCUUCCAUUUACCAAUGAAUGUUUUGACGUGGUUAUAGAGAAAGGAACCAUGGAUGUAUUGUUCGUGGACAGUGGCGACCCUUGGAAUCCACGAUCUGCAACAGUAAACAAGGUAAUGGCAAUGCUUCAAGGGGUUCAUAGGGUUCUUAAACCAAAUGGUAUUUUCAUCUCAAUCACCUUUGGCCAGCCACACUUCAGGCGCCCUUUAUUUAAUGCUCCAGAAUUCACCUGGUCUGUCGAGUGGAAUACAUUUGGCGAUGGAUUUCACUAUUUCUUCUACAUCUUGAAGAAGGGACACGAUACCAUCCAUCCAGGAAAGAGGAUUGCAGGCUUUCUCUAUUAGGAAGAUUUGUAUUUAUAUUGUAUUAUUUUGUUUUCCUAUACUUCACAAAACAAGUAGUCUAUUCAAGGUUCAUUAUUUGGCACGAAGGCUCACAACGCAGGUCCAUCCACCCCGGUGGGCUUUUACUCCGCCCAAGCCUGUAUCUCGGUCUGGUUGGCCUAGUUCGAAUGAGGUUUGGGUUGGGCCUAAGCCUAGGUUUGAAGCCCAGCGUUGGCCUACCGGCUCGACAUGUGACCCCAACAUAAAAUUUGAAAAAAUAGGGGAAAAAAUUAGAAGAUAAGCUUGAAUCUGUGUCUAUUGGGCUAAGCCUAUGGGUCGAGUUGGCCCUUGAGAAGCUACCUAUUGGCCCACCAGUGAGCUUGGCCUAUGAGCAAGGUUUUCAAAACCGGUCCAGCCUGGUCGAUUCAACCGGUUAAACUGUCGACCUGGUGAGGCUUCGGUCUGGUCAGUCCUCUUAAACCGUUCAAGGGCAAAAAUCGGCAUAUUUGAGGAGAACCGUUUAAACUGGUGGUUCAACUGCCGAACCGUUCAACCCGUUCACAGGUCAAUC